CUUAAAUUGCCCUAAUUACAAAACUACUGUAUUAGUUGGGAGCUUACACAAAAAAUGCAUAAUGGUUAUCGUUGCACCAAGUGGCAAGAGCAGAAACCAUAUGGGCAGAGAUAAACAAAGGCUUGAAAAUGCGAAUUUCCCUAACUUGAGGCGCUGUCGCUGCAUCCGCCAUGGCUAUUGCUCUGCCUAUGAGUUGCAGACCCAUCAGUGUUACCACCAUAACCACAGCUCGGAUCGUUCCAUUGUCCUCGCGAGUCGCACACGUUCGUCGUGACGGACCGACCGGCUCCUCCUCCUUCUCCGUCCCGCGCAAGCUCUCACCCCCGGUUUCCAAGUAUCGGACGGUGGUCUCUUCUGUUGUGUCGGAUGACAGAGCUGUCGGGUUGAUUGAUUCAGGGACAGAUAUGUUUAAGCUAACCUAUUUGGAGGGCAAUAGUUGGAUUUGGGAAGUCGGUGAAUUGAGAAUCCUGGUCGAUCCAAUCCUCGUGGGAACUCUUGAUUUUGGAAUUCCAUGGCUAUAUGAUGCCGCCAAGAAAUUCUUGAAGACCUUCAAGCUUGAAGAUCUCCCCGAAAUUGAUUGCGUGCUGAUUACUCAAAGCCUUGACGACCAUUGUCAUCUGAAAACCCUAAGACCGCUUUCCGAGAGAUUUCCGAGCUUGAAGGUUAUAGCAACUCCAAAUGCAAAGCCCUUGCUGGAUCCUCUUUUCAGAGACGUCACAUAUCUGGAACCCGGCGAAAACUAUGAGCUCGGUGCAAGAAAUGGUUCGAAAGUUCGGGUGAAAGCCACGGCAGGACCAGUCCUAGGUCCACCAUGGCAACGCCCCGAAAACGGGUAUCUCGUCGUGUCCCCACGGGAACAGCUUUCCCUUUACUACGAACCGCACUGUGUGUACGACAAGGAAUUUCUCGAGAAGGAAAGAGCCGACAUCGUUAUUACACCCGUCGUUAAGCAACUUCUUCCCAAAUUCACGCUGGUUUCCGGCCAAGAAGACGCUGUUCAACUCGCGAAACUCUUGAAAGCCAAAUUCAUCGUGCCGAUGAGAAACGGCGAUCUUGAUGCCAAGGGAAUUCUCGCAAGCUUGAUCAAGAGUGAAGGAACAAUCCAAUCGUUUAAGGAACUGAUGUCGAGAGAGCUGCCGGAAGCUCAGGUGACUGAACCCACGCCGGGCGUGCCAUUGGAGAUCUCGGCUCCUUCGUCGAACCACUAGAAAGGCCCUUUUUACACUAUUUUUCUGUUACGUUUUUAUAUGUUAUAUAUAUAUACACACACAAAGUCCUUUUAGCAUUGGUCCACACCUUCGUUGUAGUCAGUUUUGUUUUAA